CAGUUAAGAACAGUGACUUUAGAAAAUAGAAAUUCCUUUUCCUCUCCUUCGUCGACCUCCCCCUCAAUUAUCUCAGGUCGGAAAGUUCUAACAGUACACAGAAAGGCCACCAUCGUUAUUUCUUACAGAUCCGACCUGACAACUUCGGACAAUUCAAAUUAGAUCUUCCUUCUGCCGUAGCUUUUAGCGAAACCCUAAGUACCCUUCUUCGACUUUGACAUUGUUUCGGAAGCAAUGGGUCGCUCUCGUGGGAACUUCCACAAUUUCGAAGACCCUACCCAAAGAACGAGGAAGAAGAAAAAUGCGGCUAAUGUGGAGAACUUUGAGUCUUCCUCUAUGGUUACAGGAACGGAGGGAGGAGGGAAGUACAACUGCGAUUACUGCCAGAAAGACAUUACUGGCAAAAUCAGGAUCAAGUGUGAUGUCUGUCCUGAUUUUGAUCUCUGUGUUGAGUGUAUGUCUGUUGGAGCUGAGAUCACUCCUCACAAAUGUGAUCACGCCUACCGUGUUAUGGGAAAUCUAACUUUCCCGCUUAUUUGUCCCGACUGGAGUGCGGAUGAUGAAAUGCUUCUCCUGGAGGGACUUGAAAUUUAUGGAAUGGGAAACUGGGCAGAGGUGGCGGAGCAUGUGGGAACAAAGAGUAAAGAACAGUGUCUCGAGCACUACAGAAACAUUUAUCUGAACUCGCCCUUCUUCCCACUUCCAGAUAUGUCACAUGUAGCAGGGAAGAACAAGAAAGAACUUCAAGCCAUGGCCAAAGGACGCAUCGAAGAGAAGAAAGAGCAGAACAUGAAAGAAGAGUACCCCUUUUCUCCUCCUAAAGUCAAAGUUGAAGACACACAAAAAGAGUCUCAUACAGACAGGAGUUUUGGAGGAAAGAAACCUGUUGUUGCCCCUGGAAACAACUCUUUGGUUGAAUUGAGUAACUACAACCACAAAAGAGAAGAGUUCGACCCUGAAUAUGACAACGAUGCUGAGCAGCUCUUGGCUGAGAUGGAGUUCAAAGACAACGAUACUCCUGAAGAAAAAGACCUCAAGCUCCGUGUCUUGCGUAUAUAUUCCAAAAGGCUUGAUGAGAGGAAACGUAGAAAGGACUUCAUACUAGACAGAAACCUCUUGUACCCAAAUCCCUUUGAGAAGGAGCUGUCUCAGGAGGAGAAAAUGCAGUGUCGGCGUUUAGACGUGUUCAUGCGUUUUCAUUCAAAAGAGGAGCAUGCGGAGCUACUCCGCAGCGUUGUGAGCGAGUACCGCAUGGUGAAACGGCUCAAAGAUCUCAAGGAAGCUCAAAUGGCAGGGUGUCGCUCCACGGCUGAAGCAGAGAGGUACCUGGCGAGGAAGAGGAAGCGAGAGAACGAAGAAGGGAUGAUGAACAGAGGGAAAGAGAGCGGUCAAUUUGGUGCAGGGGAAAUGGGAACUAGACCACCUGUGCAAGCAUCUUCAAGCUAUGUCAAUGAUCUGGACCUGAUUGGGUUCACGGAGUCGCAACUGCUCUCUGAAUCCGAGAAGCGUCUAUGCAGCGAGGCCAAGUUGGUUCCACCGGUUUAUCUACAUAUGCAACAAGUGAUGUCACAUGAGAUAUUCAAAGGGAAUGUGACGAAGAAGUCUGAUGCAUAUAGCUUGUUCAAGAUUGAUCCGACCAAAGUGGACAGAGUUUACGAUAUGCUUGUGAAGAAAGGUAUUGCUCAGCUAUAAGACUUGUGUUGUAUCAUGUAAUCUAUCAAUGUGUGAGCUCUAUUUGAGUUAUUAUAUGUUCCUUUGUCACAAUUGUAGUUUAUAUACCCUCUUCUACACAUCAAUGUUAUGCUUAUGCAAAUAGUCUUUUUAUCAA